GCAGAACUACCAUCAGACGGUGUUUAUGCCUACGCUUUGUCAAAGACGCUCAUCAGGGUUGCACCCCCAGCUACAGUGGGUCUUUAUUCAUCAUGCCACAGCCGCAUCAGCCAGGUCCUCAAGAACAUAGAGGUUCACAUGGAGAGAGAAGCCAAGCACAGAGAAGAGAAGUACAAAGAACAGCCUCCACCACGGUCAAAAAAAGCUUCCAUCGUCAACUUCUUAGCCAUUCUAUCAAGGUUGCUCUUCUAUCACCCAGUGUAUACAGAAGAAAAUCAGAACCGUAAGAAUGUUCGCUAUAUAUUUGUGAGAUUUAGUGCUUGGCACUUUGCUGGAAGUGACAUUCUGUGGGCUGGCCUUGUGGUGAGACUGUAUAUGGCUAUUCAAGAACACUUUGGAAGAUUUCUCCUCAGUCUCUAUCGUGUAACUCAAUACACAGAAAAAACAACUAAACAUGCCAUUGUAAAUCAAAAGAAAGACUGGAGGCCAAAAAAGAUCUGCUGCAUCCCUUUAUGGUUGCUCACUCUUCUAAUAUCCUUGGUAGCACUAACAGCAGUGCCUGCCCUCCUCAUAAAAAACAGUUUACAGAAAGGGAAAGAUGAUGCUGAUAAUGAAAAAGAAAGUGGAGAUGGGCUGAAUGCAGUUGAAGGCUUUGCCAUUGCAACCCUUGGAGUCCCUGUUGUUGCUAUUUUACGAUUUGUUUUUCUAAUUGGGAAAAACCUUAUAUUUAACCAAGAUUUCAAAAUAAGAAGGAUGAUGGACAAUGAAAAAGUGAGCAAUAAACUGGGAUUUAUGAAUGAAAUAAGGAGAGAGAUGGAGGUCCUUUCUUGCUUCAUCCGCUUUGUGGAGAUCUUUGAGAGAAGGAAGAUACGAGUGGUGUUGGAGAUUACUCAUCUGGACCGAUGUACACCGAGAAAAAUCGUUGGGGUGCUUGAUGCCAUCAAUAUCUUACUUUCAGAUGAAGAUAGCCCAUUCAUUUCUCUGCUUGCAGUCAAUCCUGAAGUCCUUGCUCAACAAGUGGAUUAUGCAGAGGGUUGUUUUAGCAAAGAGGACAAAGCUUGUGCAUUCUUGAACCGCAUAGUGACACUGGCUUUCACUGUGCCUGAGCUGUGUAAUGCCUCUAAGUGCAAGAUGUUCCAUAAAAUUUCCCAGGGACAGUUGGAGUUUUUAAAGGACUCUCCCACUGCACAAGGCAAUGGUAUUGAUUCAAAUGCAUUGCCUUCUGUAGAAUAUUCAUCAAUGGAAAGAGGAGGAGAGCAGGACUCUUGCAUUCCCUUGCACAGCAGAAGGAAUCUUCAUUAUUAUAUAACGGGAGACACUAUGUCUAUGAGAAGAAUAAUAAACUCAGUCAGAGUGUCAGUCAUCCUCCUAGAGGCCUUAAAGACUGAGUUGUCCUCUAUGGAAGAUAUUGCAGCAUGGGUGCUCCUGGCCAAUCAAUGGCCAUGCCGCCUAAGUUGGAUCCUUCAGUGUGUGGAGGAUGACAGACAGAGAGCAUACAUCGACCACAACACUGGCAGUACUGUUGUCUUUGACACUUCAAAGACUUUAUGGAAGGUCUUCAGUGAAUCAAGGAUGGAACUCCACAUGAUUCGAGAAAAAGAUUCAUUCAUUCAUUCGCUUCUGGAACAGGAUGGAGACCCUGAACUGUUUGAAAUGUUCCUUAAGGUACACUUCAGAUUUACUAUCAAAGAUGCUCACAGGUUCAAAAUAUCCACCGUGAACCUGGACCAUUCCAUUCAGAGGGAGCUGGCCAGGGUCAGAGGAAGUUCCAUCUUAAAAGACAUAAUAAACAUGGAGACUCUCAUACCACUGCAAAUAAAAUCUGUGAUCAACAUGAACACUGAGGAUGUUUGCAGAGAGAUGGCAAGGCUGGGACUUCCAGAGAGGUAUGCUGAGGCGGUGCGGUGUAAUGCACUGAAUGGGCAAGCUCUGGUCUACAGUGACACUAAUGAGCUUCGGGAAGUUCUGCAGAUGUCCCUUGGAGACUGGACGACUUUUGCUAUCCACUUCCUUGGUCUAGUUCCAUCCAUCUCUUCACACCUUACUGCUGCACAGAGAAAGCUGGCUCCUGCUGCUUUUAAACCAUCACUGUCCCCAUCAGUGGCAAAUCUGUUAUGUGUCAGAACAAGAAACUGGUACAUGGACUCAAACGCUCAGCAUACGAGUCCAGAGGAAUAG